CAUAACACAACACAUAAAACAUUCAGUGUCAGACAUCUUUCGAUCAAACAAAUAAAACAUUACAACAACAAGACAAGCAACAUGGGAGAUGUAGUAGACUUUGCUUUUGUUCAGGCACCAGAACACAGGCCAAAAUCCUCAGUGAUCGUGGCGGAAGGCAUCCCUCUGGUUGAUCUGUCUCCCAUAAACUACCAAAUCGAAGACUCCAUCCCAGUUUCUUGUAUCCAAGGCUUAGUCAAAGAAAUAGGCAGUGCAUGCAAGGAGUGGGGUUUCUUUCAGGUGAUCAAUCAUAAGGUGCCUUUAGAUAAACGACAGAGGAUUGAAGAGGCUGCAAGGAAGUUUUUUGCCCUUGAUUUGGAGGAAAAACUGAAGGUGAGAAGGGACGCAGUUAACGUGUUGGGGUACUUUGAAGCAGAACAUACCAAGAAUGUUAGGGACUGGAAAGAAAUCUAUGAUUUCAAUGUUCAGGAACCCACUUUUAUACCACCUUUACUUCAACAUGAUGAUGAUCAAAGCGUUCAGUUCCAAUGGGAUAAUCGCUGGCCUCACAAUCCUCCAGAUUUCAAAGAAGCAUGCAAAGAAUAUGCACAAGAAGUGGAGAAACUUGCUUAUAAGUUGAUGGAACUUGUUGCCCUGAGCUUAGGCUUAGAGGCAAAUAGGUUUCGGAGCUACUUCACACAUAACACCAGCAAUAUCAGACUCAACCAUUAUCCACCUUGCCCCUACCCUCUUUUGGCUCUUGGCCUUGGACACCACAAGGACACUGGUGUUUUGACUGUGCUUGCUCAAGAUGAAGUUGGUGGUCUAGAAGUCAGGAGAAAAUCAGAUGGAGAGUGGAUUCGAGUCAAGCCCAUUUUCAAUUCCUUCAUCAUUAAUGUUGGUGAUAUGAUCCAGAUUUGGAGCAAUGAUGCUUAUGAGAGUGUGGAGCACAGAGUUGUGGUGAACUCUGAGAAGGAUAGGUUUUCAAUUCCGUUCUUUCUAAAACCAGCACUGUACACUGAUGUGAUGCCCUUUGAAGAGUUGCUUGGCGAUGAAAACCCUCCUAAAUAUAGAUCACUCAACUGGGGCAAGUUCCGCACGGCAAGAAUGCGUAGUAAUUUUGCCAAAUCCAAUGUUGAAAACCUCCAAAUUUAUCAUUUCAAGUUCCCAAGUGACUCAAUCGAAGUUCAUAAUUUGAAGAGUGUUGCAAAAACGUCCGCAACGUAGUGGGCUUCGAAACUAACCGAUUCAUUUCGGGUUCUAAGCUGGGUUUUAUUGAGUUCUUGCGGUGAAGGAAGUGUUGGUGUGUUCUUGCGAGCUAUCCAGUCAAGUUACUCUAAGGUAAGGGGAGCUAGAAUACUUCUUUAAAUUGCUUGCAUGAAGUGUAUGUAUAUUGGAUUCUGAAUUGGUGUAUUGUUUGGAGUUGUAUUUUGCGUUUUGAGUAUGUUGUAUUGUAUGUGUUGAUAUGUGAAAUCCAUGAAACUGUGUUGAGCUGUUUGGAAUUGAUUUGGAUGGGUUUGAAUUGCUAUAAUUGACCAAUUGGAAGUGAUUUAAGUGUGAAAUCUGGUAUAUUUUUGGUUGGAUAGAAAUUUGGAGUUUUGUGGUUUUUAGGUCACUUUGAGAGUAAGUGAGAUAGUGAUUUUGGACAUUUGGGGUCUAAAGCGCAAUUGGGCUGUUGGGACAGUCUUAGCCACUGUAAUGUGACUUGUUUGAGUCACUAAAUUGAUCAAACAAGCCGUGAGAUUGGGUUUUGGGUCCCUAGGUUGGGAAAAUUGAUGUUUUAGAGUUGAAUUUGAGUUUUAAUCACUUUAAAAUGGUAGUAGGAAUGUUUAGAAUCAUUUAGAUAAGUUUAAUUAAGUAUAAAACAAGAAUUAAGGGUGUUAGAAGUUAGUAAAAAUGGUUAGAAAUGGUCAUGUUGGAUUCUCCUCAUAAUUAUGCAGAGUUUUGCAGAAUUCUGCAGAAUUAUGCAGAACGCUGCAGUUGACCGUUUGGUCUUGUGCUGCUCUCGGUCAUAACUGGGUUGGUCUCUUUUGAGUCUUACUAGUUCAUGACCGUUUGGUCUCUUAAUGAGUGUUCGGUUUUGUCCUGACACUCGGUCUCAAGGCUCUAAGUGUUCGGCCAAGGCUCUAAGUGUUUGGCCAAGGCUCUAAGUGUUUGGCCAAGGCUCUAAGUGUUCGGCCAAAGCUUUAAGUGCUCAGCCAAAGCUCUAACUGUUCGGCCAAAGUUCUAAGUGCUCGACCAAAGCUCUAAGUGUUCGGCCAACGCUCUAAGUGCUCGGCCAAAGCUCAUAGCAUUCUGCCAAAGCUCCUAGCGUUCGGUUUCUCUUAGUGGUCAGUCCUAAAUAGUGUUCGGCCACUUCUUCAAGCUUAUCUUUUAUGGACCGUUCGGUCCUGUCCAUUGGGAAGUGAGAUAUCGUUCGGUCUCCACCAUUUAUAGGGUGUUCGGUCUUGCUCAUAAUGUGUUGAUGUUUUUUGUUUGGCCGCCAUUUCUAUUUAUUCCAGUAUGCUAUUUUGAUUAAUUGUUCCAGUUGCUUUAAGGGUUUAUGUGUGCAUUAUCAUGUUGGUGUUAAAGCUGAAAGUAUUAGUAUUGGACGUAAUUCCAUGAUCCUCAAGGGAGGAUACAUGGUGGUGCCCUUUCAGUGUGUUUAGAAUGAUUUGCAUGCUAGCUCAGUCUUGGGGUCCUAGUCUUGUGUGAGGAUUGAUCCAUGUGGUGAGGAGUAGCAGGAGGUCCUAGUCUUGGGUGCUUCUAGUAUGACCCAAGGUGAGUGAUAACGGACUAACCUCGUGAGUGUGAUAGGGUGAAACCCAUUGGCAAUGGCUUUGCAAAGCAGUAAAAGCCACCAUGAGUGCAUAACCCGCCAUAGCUCGACAAUCAUUCUAAGUCCGGACGAGUCAAGUUUAAGUGCCACAAAUCAUGUUUGUAUAGUAUAGUAUAUCUGUCUUUACUUGCAUGUUGCCUAUGACUGUUAUAACAUGAUUUUUAUAUCUAGCUCACCCUUGCUUGUGUGUUUGUGUUUGCUUGGGUAUGCUUUCUUUUGCAAUGAUCAUCCACUUAGAUGUGAGCAGAGAUAAAUGAGGUGCCUCUGGAGCAGGCUUUGUAGGAAGAUGAUGUUGCUGCUUAGUCUCCUUAGGAUUCUAUCAGUUAUUCCUUAUCUUUUGAAAUACUCUAUUAUAUUUAAGUUUUAAAUUAGGACUCAAUUUGGGAUAACUAUAAGCUUAAAACUUUAUUUACAGUCUACUCUAACUAUUCUCUUUUAUAUAAAUGUGGACUUACUA